AUGCCGUCCGAGGGCUUAUCCGACUCCGCAGCGCUUCUUCGCCCAGUUCGUGGUGCUGUCAACUACACCAGACGGGCGUUGAGGGCGGCAGCCUAUCCGAUCCGCGGCAUCUGGUACUUUUUGCGCCAUCCCGAGUUCUACCCGCUCUUUGUCAGCCGGCUGCUCCCGCUAUCCAUAAUCUCAUUCUUGGUCUACCUCCUCCUCUUUGCAUUCGCCUUUUUGCCUCAGUUUCUGUUCCUCCUCAUCUUCCAUGGCCGCGCGGGAGCCCUGAUAAACACCACCGUCUUGGUGUUGGGGGAGGGUUUAGUGGUCAUCCAAGGCCUGUUCGAAGGGUUCUUCGUCGACGAAUGCCGGGUGGACAUCUUUGACGUAAGCCACGCUUCCCACGUUGCGCUGGCCGAGUGGGGUCGAUCGAGUCAACUAACGACCCCCGCCCAGGCUACCCUGAUUAACCAUGGCCUCACCGACCUCAUCGCGCCCCAGCGCGUCCUCUUCCUCGAUGCUCCGGACGCCGUCCGAAUGCUCGGAAAGCCGACCGCCCGCGCCGAAUACCAACCGUGGAGCUUGAUACAAAUCAUCGAACUGAUCGUGUUCCUUCCCCUCAACCUCGUCCCGUACGUUGGCACUAUCGCCUUCAUCAUGAUCACCGGCUCCCGUCUCGGCAAGCUGUCCCACCACCGGUGGUUCAAGAUCAGGGGAUUAGACAAGAAAGAGACGAAAAGAGAGCUCAAGCUCAGACGUUGGGAAUACCUCUGGUUUGGCACGGUUGCCAUGAUUCUGGAGCUCGUCCCCAUUCUGAGCUUCUUCUUCCUGCUCACUAGCACGGCAGGCGCCGCUAUGUGGGCAGCUAAAAUGGAAGAACGAGCAAGGAUACGGGUUGGACGACCAAUCGCUCAUGAGAGCAACACGCAUGCCGCGGAGGAAGGGCCAGUGUACCAUGAUGAUCCGGUGUAA